AUGAUUGUCAAAGCUCCCGAAUUAGCAAAAGAAGUUAAAAAAUAUUGGAAAAAACGAUAUGACUUGUUUUCUUUAUAUGAUGAGGGAAUUAUAAUGGAUGAAGAAGGUUGGUAUUCAGUUACACCAGAAGUCAUUGCAAAACAAAUUGCUGAAAGAUGUAAGUGUGAUGUAAUCGUGGACGCGUUUUGUGGUGUAGGAGGUAAUGCUAUACAAUUUGCAUUUGCUUGCAAAAAAGAGGAUCGAAUUGAAUUUAUUUUGGGAGAUUAUUUUAAAUUAAUUCCUACCCUUAAGGCAGAUGUAGUGUUUCUAAGUCCACCUUGGGGAGAAAAAAUAUAUAAAGAAACUACCAAAAUAACCAAGAAUAUAGCAUACUAUGUUCCUCGCAAUGUAGAUCCACAACAGUUGGCAGAUUUUAUGGGGCGUGGUAAUGUAUGUGAAUUACAAAAAGUAUUUGUGAAUAGUAAAUUUGUAGCAGCUGUAGGAUAUUUUGGCAAUCUGAUGUGUAAAGAUGAUGAAUAUAAUGAAGGAAAAUAG